AUGGCGGCGGGCUCGGAUCUGCUGGACGAGGUCUUCUUCAACAGCGAGGUGGACGAGAAAGUGGUGAGCGACCUGGUGGGCUCGCUCGAGUCGCAGCUGGCGGCCAGCGCGGCCCACCACCACCACCUCGCGCCGCGCGCGCCCGAGCUGCGGGCCGCGGCCGCCGGCGCGCUCGGGAACCAUGUUGUGAGCGGCAGCCCGGCCGGAGCCGCGGGCGCAGGGCCGGCCGCCCCCGCCGAGGGCGCGCCCGCAGCGGCGCCGGAGCCGCCCCCCGCAGGUAGAGCGCGGCCGGCGGGCGGGGGGCCGCGGCGCGCGGGCCCCGACUCACCACGCCGCCCGCUUGUCCCCGCAGGGCCCGCGCCGGCGCCCGCCAAGCUGAGGCCGCCGCCCGAGGCCAGCGCGGGGCCCUGCCCGGCCGCCGCCGCCGCCGCCGCCGCCGGGCCCGAGCCCGCCGCCGCCGCCCCGCCCGCCGGCCCCGGCCCCGGCGCCACCAAGCCCGGCCCGCCCGGCCCGCCCGGCCCCGGCGCCGCGCAAACUUUGAAUGGGAGCGCCGCGCCGCCCACCGCGCCGCACGCCGCACCUGCUGUCAGCCCGGUCAACAACGGGCCCGCGCCGCCGCCCGCCGCCGGCUCCGUCAUCCAGGCGGCCCCCGCGCCCGCGCCCGCCGCGCCCUCGCCGCCCGCCGCGCCCGCGCCCGCCGCGCCCCCGCCGCCCGCGCCCCCCGCGCCCGCCGCGCCCGCCCGGCCGCCCGGCCUCCCCGCGGCGCCCGCGCCCCCCGCGCCCGCCGCCGCACAGAACGGGGCCGGCGCCGCCCCCGCCCCCGCCCCCGCCCCGGCCGCCGGGGGCGCCGCGGGGCUCAGCGGCCAGCCGGGGCCCGGCGCGCCCGCGCAGGGGGCCAAGGCCGAGCCGCCCAAGACGGCGGGGCCGGCGGCGGCGGGCGCGGCGGCCGGCGUGCUGCUCGGGCCUGCGAUGCAAGGGGCGCUGCCGGGGCCCGCCGGCGGCCCGCCGCCAGCCCCUGGACCCCCGGCGGGGCUGCCCAAAGGCGCGGCCGGCGCGGCGACCCCCAGCCUGCCGCGGACACCCUCGGCCACCACCGGCGGGAUCCGGGCCACCCUGACCCCCACCGUGUUGGCCCCUCGCCUGCCGCAGCCGCCGCAGAACCCGACCAACAUCCAGAACUUCCAGCUGCCCCCAGGAAUGGUCCUUGUGCGGAGCGAGAAUGGGCAGUUGUUAAUGAUUCCUCAGCAGGCCCUGGCCCAAAUGCAGGCCCAGGCCCACGCCCAAGCCCAGCCUCAGAGCACCAUGGCGCCCCGCCCUGCGGCCCCCACAAGUGCCCCUCCCGUCCAGAUCUCCACCGUACAGGCUCCUGGCACACCUAUCAUUGCACGGCAGGUGACCCCCACUACAAUAAUUAAGCAAGUGUCUCAGGCCCAGACGACGGUACAGCCCACUGCAACCCUGCAGCGCUCCCCUGGGGUGCAGCCUCAGCUGGUCCUGGGCGGCUCUGCCCAGGCAGCUUCACUCGGGACGGCCACAGCUGUGCAGGCAGGGGCACCUCAGCGCACGGUCCCAGGGGCGGCCAGCGCCUCCACAGCUGCCACGGAAACCAUGGAAAACGUGAAGAAAUGUAAAAAUUUUCUGUCUACGUUAAUAAAGCUGGCUUCAUCUGGUAAACAGUCCACAGAGACAGCAGCUAACGUGAAAGAACUGGUGCAGAACUUACUGGAUGGGAAGAUCGAAGCCGAAGAUUUCACUAGCAGGUUAUACCGAGAACUCAAUUCUUCACCUCAACCUUACCUCGUGCCUUUCCUGAAGAGGAGUUUACCCGCCUUGAGACAGCUGACCCCCGACUCCGCGGCCUUCAUCCAGCAGAGCCAGCAGCAGCAGCCACCCGCCUCACAGGCCACCACCGCACUAACGGCCGUGGUGCUGAGCGGCUCUGUGCAGCGCACGGCCGGCAAGACGGCCGCCUCCGUGAGCAGCGCCCUGCAGCCCCCUGUCAUCAGCCUCACGCAGCCCACACAGGUGGGCCCUGGCAAGCAGGCACAGUCUGCACCGCUGGUGAUCCAGCAGCCCCCGAAGCCAGGAGCCCUGAUCCGGCCUCCGCAGGUGACCUUGACCCAGACGCCCAUGGUCGCCCUGCGGCAGCCUCACAACCGGAUCAUGCUCACCACUCCCCAGCAGAUCCAGCUGAACCAGCUGCAGCCAGUCCCGGUGGUGAAGCCCACUGUGUUACCUGGAACCAAAGCCCUUCCUACCGUCGCCGCGCAGGCAGCAGCCGCACAGAAAAACAAGCUCAAGGAGCCUGGGGGAGGUUCGUUUCGGGACGACGAUGACAUUAAUGAUGUUGCGUCAAUGGCUGGAGUAAACCUGUCGGAAGAAAGUGCAAGGAUACUGGCCACAAACUCUGAGUUGGUGGGCACGCUGACGAGGUCCUGUAAGGACGACACCUUCCUCCUCCCCGCGCCAUUGCAGAGAAGGAUAUUGGAAAUAGGUAAAAAGCACGGCAUAACGGAAUUACAUCCAGACGUAGUAAGUUAUGUAUCCCAUGCCACACAGCAAAGGCUACAGAAUCUUGUAGAAAAAAUAUCUGAAACGGCUCAGCAAAAAAACUUCUCCUAUAAGGAUGAUGACAGAUACGAGCAGGCAAGCGAUGUCCGGGCUCAGCUCAAAUUUUUUGAACAGCUUGAUCAGAUUGAAAAGCAGAGGAAAGAUGAACAGGAGAGGGAGAUCUUGAUGCGGGCAGCAAAGUCUCGAUCCAGACAAGAAGACCCAGAACAAUUAAGACUGAAGCAGAAGGCGAAAGAGAUGCAGCAGCAGGAGCUGGCACAGAUGCGACAGCGGGAUGCCAACCUCACAGCCCUGGCAGCGAUCGGGCCCAGGAAAAAGAGGAAAGUGGACUGUGCAGGGCCGGGAUCCGGAGCAGAGGGCUCGGGCCCCGGUGUGGCAGUCCCAGGCAGCUCUGGCGUGGGAGCCCCCAGGCAGUUCACUCGGCAGAGAAUCACACGGGUCAACCUCAGGGACCUCAUAUUUUGUUUAGAGAACGAGCGCGAGACAAGCCAUUCACUGUUGCUCUACAAAGCACUCCUCAAGUAACAGGCUGCCGGUGUUUCUGACAGACGCCUGGGGACGUUUUUAUAUAUUUGCAGAUUGCGCCUUUUUGUAACAAGCAAAUGGGAUAUUGUUUAAAAACAGCCACCUCUUUGCAAUGGAACAGUUUUAUAUUCCAGUUUCUAAAUCAGCUCAGUGUGGAAGGAAACCUCUCCUGUAGCAGAGAACACAGGCCUGUGGAUGCUCCUGAAGGUCAGCUACGCCCCCGCUCAUCCUCGACUGAGUGGCCUUCUUGCCAAACAAGCCAUAUUAAAGACGGACGAGCCGUUCAGCGACCGCGCUGCCCUGCCAGCUCGCACAGCCCCAAGUCCUCGUGCAUUUUGGUUUAGUUCACCUAACGUACCACGUAGGUGUCUGUCUACAGCCGAUGACCUCAUUUCACUUAUUUUAUUUUUGUAACAGUCAGUUGGCUAAGCAAACUGAUUUUUAGACUAUUUAUCUUCCUCCUCUUCCCCACUCCGCUUGAAGUUCUGCAGGAACGUGCGGUUUACCGCAGCACCGUCACCUCGAGUGGGCCCGCAGUCCCGCCUGGUGGAGGCCGGAGCCCAGUGAGCGGCCCCUUCUGAAUGUGCUCAGCAUCUGUACAAAUGCAUUUUAUUUGCUACAGUUUGUGAAGCUGUAAGGUUAAAAGAAAUGAGAACUUUUUCAGCAUAAAUAUAUUUUACUUGCACUGUGUUUUUUAGCUAAAAGUGAAAACUUAGAUUAAAUAAAAUCAAAGUUGAGAAGAAUCAUCAAAAGACUGUUUCUCAGUGUGAAUCAAGUGUUGAAAAUGGUUGGUGUAUUUUGUCAGUAAUUGUACAUAAUCUUUGGCACAUAACAUGAAAAUGGCUAUGUAAACUAUAAUUAUUUUGCUAAGAGACUGUAUGCCAGCCGAGGGCCGACUUUACAGACCCCAGAGCAAAGCCCCUUCUUUGUACCUAUUUUUUUAUUACAAAUAUACUAAUUGGUUCUUUAUAUUUUCAGAGGUUAUUGUAUUAAAUUGUCUAUUGAUAGUACUUUUAUGACUGUAAAUACUUGGGCUUUCUCCGUGUGGAUCCUCACGUUAGACUUCAGUCUGCGCCUGUGGACUGAAGGCUGAUCAGUAUUUUUUAUCAGCACCUGAGAACUGUUACACCUUUUAUUUUAUCUUUUAGGAAAAUCCCUGUCUUUCCAUUUUUUCAUGUAAAUUUU